GCCAGAGCAAACACCUAAUCCGAUGAUGCCCACUCACACUUUCCUCGUCCGUGAUGCCUACCUCCUCGCAUGCUUCUCUCGUUCACAGCCCAUUGGUUUCCGUCUCAUGUUUCGAGAUUCCGUCGUCCACGUCCAUGGAAACAUCUCCUUUGAUCGUCGUCACCAUCUCUCGAUACCGAACCCCCAUGCAUCUUCUGUUGCAUCCAGACGUCCGACAUUGUCCCCUCGUUCAAACCCUAAUCCAAUUUCCGACGUCGUUCAAGAAGCUCCUGUUAACAGUGAGAAGAAGACGAAGACGAAGAAGAGAAACUCGGAGUUGUUUGCUAGUUCGGUUACAACAAACCCUAAUCCAACUUCCGACGUCGUUCAAGAAGCUCCUGUUCCAAGCGAGGAGGAGGCGAAGGCGAUGAAGAGAAACUCGGAGUUGUUUGCUAAUUCGGUGACAGUAAACCCUAAUCCAGCUUCCGACGUCGUUCAGGAAGCUCUUGUUCCAAGUGAGGGGACGAGGAAGAGGAAAAACUCGGAGCCGUUUGCUAGGUCGGUUACUACGAACCGUUCUCCGUCGCCAAGACAUGUACCGAUCCCGAUGUUCUACGUAAGGGAAAGAAUCAAGCUUUCAAACCCGCGAUUCGACGUGAAGAAGAGCAAGAGAGCUUAAUCUCCGAUUCAUUGUUUGUUUUCAUUUUAUGUCGUUUAUUAGUCUUAGUAUUACUAUGUUUGGAGUUAAAAUAAAGAUGCACAUGGAUAUCGUGUGUAAUUACCUUCAA